AUGUUUCUUCAUUUUCUCUUUAUGUUUUCAAUAGCUUUUAUUAGUAUAACACAUGGAGCAAUGGAUGUUAAUGCUUUAGCACGAUGUAUUAUGUCUGAAGCAUCAACUGGUAAUAGAAAUGAGCAGAUAGCUAUUGGUUUUGCCUGUCAAAGGAAUAGAAAUCAUGCAUCUAAUCAACCUCCAACAUAUAAUGUCACCAAACUGGCUCAAGAUAUUUUAGCAGGAAAAAUAAAUGAUAUAACAAAUGGAGCAAAUCAUUGGUAUUCACCUCGUUCAAUGCCAAGUGAAGCAGAAAAACCAAGAUGUAAGAAACCUUUUGGUGCAGGCCGUAUGGAUUGUAACGGAGGAUUGGAAAAGUCAUGUGGAAAAAGUCGAAAUUAUAAACCUGGAUGGGCUAAAAAUCGCAAUCCAGUAUAUAUUUCAAAUGUGCGUGAUUGCUAUUUCAAGUUUUUCUUACUCUAA